GGGCCUGCCCAUGGCCGAGGAUCAAUCUGGCCCGCCGGCAGCGGACGGGGUGGUGGUGGCGAUGAAGGGCCAUCCGGGGUCAGGCAAGUCUACGGUGGCUCGUGCCAUCGCCUCCGCGCUCCGAUGCCCGCUCCUUGACAAGGACGACGUGCGGGACUGCACCCUGCACCUCGAGCACGCUGCCGCCGGCAGCAGCAUCCUCAACGACCUCUCCUACGCCGUGCUCUGGAGGUUGGCCGAGAGGCAGCUCCGGCUUGGCCUGUCCAUCGUCGUCGACUCCCCACUGUCGCGUCGAGCCCAUCUCGAUGCUCUGGCCCGCUUGCCUGCUGCACUUGUUAUCAUUGUGGAAUGCCGGCCAGGCAACCAAGAUGAAUGGCGCCGCAGGCUGGAGGAGCGUGGAGGUGUCUUGGCCGAUGAUGGAUGGCAUAAGCCCAAGACGUGGGCCGACCUAGAAAGGCUUGUGGAAGGGUACCAAGGUUGCACAAACUAUGACAUUGGGGAUGUGCCGAGGAUCGUUGUGGAUACAACGGACCCAACGGUCAGCACAGAGGCAAUCGCUGUCAGGGUUGUGGAUUUUAUUAGGCCUCUUCUAGCCCAUGCGCAUUAGAUAUGUUAUAAUAGCUGUCCACCAACGUUUUGGUGAAGACAAGGUUCAAAUGUUUUCUGUCAGCAGCAAAAUAGAGGAUAAGUUAAGUUUCAGAUCAGAAUUUCAUGGCAGAAUGUUAAAAUGAUGUAUAUUGUAUUGUAUAGGAUUGGAAGUGCAUCUGUUUAACUUUUUCA